CUCUCCUAUCCGUUCACCGCCCCACCUCAGCUUAACUUGCGAUAACCCCACCGCCUGUGUUCUUUGUUCCUUCCCGACUCUCACUUUCUCCCCGUGUACGGCUUGCAGAGACGUUUAUACUUCACAAUGGCACAAUCAGGGUACUCGAAUCCGCUGAAGAAGUUCAAGCUUGUGUUUCUGGGCGAGCAGAGCGUGGGCAAGACGUCUCUAAUCACACGGUUCAUGUACGACUCCUUCGACAACACAUACCAAGCAACCAUCGGCAUAGACUUUCUUAGCAAGACUAUGUACCUCGAAGACCGCACCGUACGCCUCCAGCUCUGGGACACGGCGGGCCAGGAGCGUUUCCGGUCGCUGAUUCCCUCGUACAUCCGCGACUCUAGCGUCGCCGUGGUCGUGUACGACAUCACCAACAAGAAGACAUUCGAAAACACACGCAAAUGGGUCGACGACGUGCGCGGCGAGCGCGGCAACGAUGUCAUCAUCGUGCUGGUGGGCAACAAGACGGAUUUGAACGACAAGCGCGAGGUCACGACGGCACAGGGCGAGGAGGAGGCCAAGAAGAAUAACCUCAUGUUCAUUGAGACGAGUGCGAAGGUGGGGCAUAAUGUCAAGGCGUUGUUCAAGAGGAUUGCGCAGGCGCUGCCGGGGAUGGAGGGCGAGGGACAGCAGGGGCAGAGUCAGAUGAUUGACGUGAACAUCAACCCGAGCGCGCCACAAGAACAGAGUUCGUGCUCGUGUUAGGGAGGGCGUUGGAUUGAUUGGGAGUCGGAGUGUGACAUGGUCAUUGCGAGCACGGCGUUCUGGGCAUCAGUGGUUUGGUGCAUACAGUCCUUUGGGGGACUUGUAAUCUGUAGUAUACCAACGCGUUUAUGGAGCGAUCGCCAGAUGACGUCAGAUGCCAGUGUGAAAGGAUUGCCAGAUGCAGGGCAAAUGUUUGAUUGAGUCACCCGCGCCGCCUCCCGUGCACGCCCUGCAAACCCAGAACGCCGGCUAGUGAAUCGAGGGGUGUAGAGGAGGCAUG